UCCUCGAGCCGCGCAGGCGCAGUUGUUCCUUUGGCGCUCGGGCUCCACAUUGGCGGAAGGGAGAGAAAGGUACCAUAGAGACGGCGCGAUGGGGACGCCGGCCAGAGAAGAAUUAGACCUGGAAGUAAUGAAGCCUUUAAUAGAAGACCAGAGUUCAGAUGAUGAAUAUGAGAAUGAAGCGGAUUUACUGCCGGCAGAGAAGAAAUAUCAGCUUGAUCAGGAGGGCAUUACAUUUGUUCAAACGCUCACUCACAUCCUCAAAGGAAACAUUGGGACAGGUCUUCUGAGCCUUCCUCUUGCAAUAAAAAAUGCAGGCAUUCUGCUUGGACCAAUCAGUCUUCUUUUCAUUGGAAUUAUAUCAGUUCACUGCAUGCACAUUUUGGUACGAUGCAGCCAGUAUCUAUCUGUCAGAUUGAAAAUACCUUUCUUAGGGUACAGCGACACUGUUAGCCACGCCAUGGAAACGUGUCCCUUUCACUUGUUACAGAAACGAUCAUCUUGGGGAAGAUAUGUCGUUGACUUCUUCCUUGUGGUUACCCAGUUGGGCUUUUGUAGCGUUUAUUUUGUGUUCUUAGCUGAAAAUAUGAAACAAGUUUGUGAAGGAUACGCUCAAACGAAAUUGUAUGCUGUGAAUAUCACGGGAACCACUGGCCCCCCAGACAGAAGGACCAUCGAUCUGAGAUUAUACAUGUUAUUUUUCCUUCCGUUUGUAAUCCUCUUGGUUUUCAUUCGAGAUCUUAAGCAUCUGUCUGUGUUCUCAUUCCUGGCAAAUUUAGCCAUGGCUGUCAGCUUGAUCAUUAUUUAUCAUUAUGUUAUAGAGGGUUUAUCUGAACCUCGAAAACUGAUCCUGGUGGCUGGUUGGAGCAGGUAUCCCCUUUUCUUUGGCACAGCUAUUUUUGCAUUUGAAGGAAUAGGAGUGGUGCUACCCAUCCAGAAUAGGAUGAAAGAAGUUGACCGCUUCCCAGUGGCGCUCAACGUUGGCAUGGGAAUUGUGAUGACCUUGUAUAUUUCAUUAGCCACCCUGGGAUACAUACGCUUUGGGGACGAAAUCAAAGCCAGCGUUACUCUCAACCUGCCACAAGAUCGAUGGCUGUACCAAAUGGUCAAGAUCCUUUAUUCCUUUGGGAUCUUUGUGACCUAUUCGAUUCAGUUCUACGUUCCAGCGGAGAUCAUCGUUCCUAUUGUAGCAACCAGAGUGCAGCAGAAGCUGAAGUUGAUCGCUGAAUUGGUUGUGCGAAUGCUUCUGGUCUGCUUAACCUGUGCUAUAGCGAUAUCCAUCCCCCGUCUGGACAUCGUGAUCUCGCUGGUUGGCGCCGUAAGUAGUAGUACUUUGGCUUUGAUCAUGCCUCCGUUGAUUGAAAUCCUCACCUUCUACAAGGAGAAGCUAAACAGAUGGGUGAUCUUCAAAGACGUUUCCAUAGCCUCCCUUGGCGUGUUCGGUUUCAUAGCUGGCACCUACGUGAGUGUGAAAGAGAUUAUCUGCCCCACAACUUUGCUUUUAGAGAAUGCCACAAUUGGUUCAGCGACUUGCUUCAACACUUCCCACUUGGCCGAGGGUGCCAAUUAAUGCCGGAAGAUUGUGGGCCUCUUGAAUUUCAUAAUAGAUGCGUGUUUGCAAACCAAAGAGAUUCCAGAUGGACAGGUUUUGAAAGAGAAAAAUGAUUGGAGGAAGGAUUUUUUCCCCCUCCCCCAAAAUCUGCUCCUGUGGAGGAUACAACUGAUUCAAGAUUUUUCUCCCCUUCCGUUCAAGCAUCAUGGACUACCACGUAUUUCUUUGCAAACGGGACCAGAAAUCAAAAAACGCUUCUUGAUAUCAUGUUUGGACAUCUCACAUUGAGAGAAUAAUCCCUGCCAACUUCUUUAUUUAAAGUUAAGUCAGUCUUUUGAGAGCCUCUUCGCAUAGCUUCAGAGAUUAACAAGGUUUAUGCAAAAAUGUGGAUUUCGUCUCUCACUGUGUGUAUUGUGUAAAUCCUCUUUUAUGUUUUGAAUUUUAUGUAUCUACUUGAAACACAAGUAGAAAUGUUUUCUGGUGGAUUCUGCUCCCCGAGUAGCCAAGGACUUAAGCCCGUUCCAUCAUUGCAGUUUUACCGCCUUGAGAUUAGACCUCAUGUCCCUGAAUUAGUAAUCUCCAUGGUUUAUCUUGGGAGAGCAAGAUAAACUCAUCACAUUAGUGUCUAUGGAGAUUCUCAGUCAUCCAGGUCAUGGUUAUGCCGAAGGUGUUUUUUUCCAGAGGCAACUGGACUUCCUUGCUCUUCUUUGAAGACGUUUCGCUUCUCAUCCAAGAAGUUUCUUCAGCUCUGACUGGAUGGUGGAGAAUGGAAGGAUUUAUAGUCCUUGCAGACAGCUGGUUAUUUGCAUUCUUAUGGAGAGUCGUUGAGGCCACUUGGAGGUUUAUAUAUGUCCUCAGGGUCACCUGUGUAAUGCAAAUUGUGUGGAGCCUCCUUGGAACUGUUGAAAGAACGGUAUUGUAGACUGAAGAUAGGCAGUUUUUUUCUGUCCUACAACACAGUCCUUUCAACAGUUCCAAGAAGACUCCACAUUUGCACUACUCAGGCGAUCCUGAGGACACAGAUAAACUUGCAAGUGGCCUCAACAACUCUCUAAAAGAAUGCAAAUAAUCAGCUGUCUGCAAGGAGUAUAAAUCAGGGGUGAAAUGCUACCAGCUCGCUCCGGUUCGGGCAAACCGAUAGUGAUAAAAACUACCAGUUCAGGUUUUACUUAAAAAGUAAAAAAAAAAAAAAGGUUCUGACAAUCACAGCUGUGCCACACGAUCAUCGGAACCUUUUUAAAAACUUUUUUAAAGCAUUUUUUUACUACCUCAUUGCCUGAACCGGUAGUAAAAAAAAAUGCUUUAAAAAAGUUUUUAAAAAGGUUCUGACAAUCGUGCGGCACAGCUGUGAUCAUUGGAAGCUUUUUUUUAAACUUUUUUAAAGCAUUUUUUUACUACCUAUUCACCCGAACCGGUAGUAAAAAAAUGCUUUAAAAAGUUAAAAAAAAAAGAGUUGGCCACGCCUAGCCAGCCUAACUUUCAACAUACAUUUUUUUAAUCUAUCAUCUAUAUUCUUCCUGACUGGCCUGUGUUAUGGCCCGCCAGCGGCUAGCAGAGCUGGUAGGAGGCUGGGAAGGAACAUGGGCCAGUCCUGAAAUCUGGGGAAGGCUUGGAUGAGGGCUCUCUCUGAGGCAGAGAGGGGGCCAAGGCCAUCUUCGCUGCCUCUGGAGUCUCUGGAGUCUGACAUCAGUGAGGCAGAAGAACAGCAUGAGCCUGUUCCCAGUGUGCGCAUGUACAGAGCUGCCAGGCGACAGGAUCAAUUAAGGAAACAGGGUCGACUUGGGAGUAAGGCUUGGAGAUGAUUGGCCCCUCCCAUAAGACAUAAAAGAGAAGUGAACGGGGCAUGAGCUUUUGCAGGAAGCAAUUAGUUCAUCUGGUUGGUAAAAGCUGUGUUUGACUCUGUGCUAAGUUUGGCCUUGCCCUGCAUUUGGCAGUUAAUUCUUUGGCAGCAUUCCAAGGGAGAUAAGGUGGGUGUUUGUAAACACUCCCCUGAUAGACUGUUUGAGAAGCCUUUCAGACUGGGAAUGACAAUAAUUCACAGCCGUUUGAAUUAAAAAGAGGUUUGCCAGGACUAGGUUUGUUCUGUAAACUUUCUAAGGAAGCUUUUCUAAGAACAGCCUGUGAACUUGAGAAUAGAAUAGAAUUUUUUAUUGGCCAAGUGUGAUUGGACACACAAGGAAUUUGUCUUGGUGCUUGAGGUUACUUUUUACUAGGCAACAUGAUUUUGAAGUAUACAAAUUUCCCUGCAUGAAACAAGUUAAAAACAUUAUAACAGUGUUGCUUAUAGCUGAGAGCGUGAUCCGUGGCCAGUAUUUUCAAGCCUGACUACUCUAGUUGUAUAAAAAUAAUGGAGGAGGAUGAGCUCCAAUUUUCAAGCAAGACCUGCUCGGUAUCUCUUGACACCUGAAUCGGGACUUCUCAUCUUUGACAGCUUGAAGAAGCGUGGACUUCAAUUCCUAGAAUUGAAGGGAAUUCUGGGAGUUGAAGUCCAUUCAUCUUCAAGCCACCAAGGUUGAGAAACACUGCUCUGACUGUACAUUUCAGGUUUGCUGCAAGUAAAUAGUUGGUGGGUGUAGAGCCAUAUUCUUAACCCCAGUGUCUGACCGAGCAGGCGUUAUCUUCAAAUUUAAGGUGCUGCUACAAUUGCAUCUGCAUUGACUCCUGGCGUAAACAGUUGUAAAAGAAUAAUUUAACCUAUUUGUCUUCAUUGCAGAGAAUGCCAAUUCUGCUUUGUCGUCCCCUUCUGGUUUUGUCAGUGCCCUGGGUGCAUUGACAAGGUUCAAAAUUGCCAAAUGCAUCCAGAAGGUCCAUGCUUUUGUCCCUUGAACUGUGCUUGGAAUCUUUCCCAAUAUGCCGAAGGAUGACACUCGGUGACACUAAUCUAGGGGUGUCAAACUCAAGGCCCAGGGGCCAGAUAUGGCCUGCGGGGUGCUUAGAUCUGGCCCGCGGGCCCGCCCUGGAAACAGCGAAGGAUUGGCCUGCAGUGCCUCUGCCAGCAAAAAUGAAGCUCACAUGGGCCAUGUGCGGCCCUCCCAAGCUCCGUUUUCACUGGCAGAGGGCUGCAGGAGGCUAUACCAGCCGAAAACAGAGCUUGCAGGGGCCACGUGCAGCCCCCAAGCUCCGUUUUUGCUGGCAGAAGAUUGCAGGAGGCCGUUCCAGCUGAAAACGGAGCUCAGGAGUCCGUUUUUCACUGGCAGAGUGCUCAGGCCACCACAGGCCCCCGCCCGACACUAGUGAUGUCACGCUGGCCAUAUCUACCCUGGCCACGCCCAUCCUGGCCCCUUGAGGUCAAACACAACCCUGACACGGCCCUCAAUGACAUCGAGUUUGACACCCCUGCUCUAAUCUGUAGCCCACCCCCCGUGACAAGGUUAACCGAAUAUUACGUACAUUUGUAAAGUCUAUGUUGUGCCUUUUGUGAGAGAAACGGAAGGACUGUUUUUCCCCAAAGUGGAUACAGAUUUUAGACAUCGGUGCCAUUGGGGGGGGAGGGGCAUUGAAUUCCUGUCCUCUGAAGAGCAUGCAAUUUCAUUCAACCCUACUAUAGCGUUCCGCUACUCUUAUCUGGCCUGCCUAGCAACCAUCCAUAUUUGGUUUUUUUUUUUAUUUAUUUACAUUUAUACCCCGCCCUUCUCCAUAGACUUAGGGCGGCUUACACUAUGUUAAGCAAUAUUUGUUGCUAUGCUUCCCCUGGGUACAAAGGCAUAUCUCCUUUAAAGGUAAAGGUAAAGGUUCCCCUCGCACAUACAUGCUAGUCGUUGCCGACUCUAGGGGGCGGUGCUCAUCUCCAUUUCAAAGCUGAAGAGCCAGCGCUGUCCGAAGAUGUCUCCGUGGUCAUGUGGCCGGCAUGACUCAACGCCAAAGGCGCACGGAACGCUGUUCCCUUCCCACCAAAGGUGGUCCCUAUUUUUUCUACUUGCAUUUUUACAUGCUUUCAAAACUGCUAGGUUGGCAGAAGCUGGGACAAGAAACGGGAGCUCACCCUGUUACACGGCAGCACUAGGGAUUCGAACCGCUGAGCUGCUGACCUUUCGAUCAACAAGCUCAACGUCCUGGCCCCUGAGCCACCGUGUCCUUUACCUUCCCCAAUUGCUGUCAUUGAUGGGACUCAAAGCAUUAUAAAACCAGGUGUUUCCCAUGUAGUUUUUUUUCCCCCUCCAGUCUUUUCCUACCAUGUAGGAGCUUGUGAUUUCAAAGUGGCUGAUCCAGCAUAUCGUACCAAUAGAAGGCCUUCACCUCCAUAGCACUUACUCAAGGAGUUGGAAUAGAGUGAUCACACUAUGUAUUUUUGUGUAUAUUAUGUCAAAAAAAAAAUUAAGGAAGCAUACCUCUCAGGUUAUCCGAAUAGGACCAGUUGCACUGUAAGGAAACUCAAGUUCCAAAAAGUGCUUGCCAAAGGUUCUUAAAAAGAAUUUAAAAAGCACAAUAAUAACGCAACGGUUUCGAAGACAGAGAGCAAUACGAUGGGAAGCCCCGGUGAAGAAAACGAAAGACUGCAGAGUUUAAAACAACGUCCGUUUAAAGAGGACAUCGACAGCAAAGCAAAAGAAAGGAAUUCCCGUGGAUGUUUUUAAGUUUAUGGAGUGAAAGUAUUACGUUUGUAUGCAUUACAUAAAUUUAUAUCGAAGUGGAUUUUAUGGUGGGCAGCUUUAAUGCAAUGUAUACAUGGGGCUGCAUUAAAAAGUGUGCCACUUACUCAUUACUAACUUUCCGUAGGCACAGCCUCUGUGUAAAACAACAACAACCCUGUUCGUUCCCAUGCAUUCAGUUGCCUAUGGGAUCUUUAACUUAAUAAAAAACGUUGCAAUAGAA